UCAUGUUCAUCCCAGACACUUUGAGAAGCUGCAUGGUGGAACCGGAUGUCUCGACUUAUCUGCAAGCUCCUUCCGUUGGACAGGUGCUUACAUUUUUAAAACAUCUUGUUUAUGUUCGCUGCUUAUGUGAGAAAUUGCUCGAUUUUACUUUGUAUAAUGCGUUCCGCUGCUGACUGAAUUUGUUUGCUAUUUUAUCGCAAAUCUUUAAAUAUGAACAUGUUCUACGUAGAAAAUGACGACGAAUGUGAAUUGUUUUUUUUUUUUUUUAUUUUAGUGGCAAUGGCGCGCAGCACGCGCGCUUUAAAUGCGCGUGUUUGGUGUUUUGUCAUAUAUAUGUCAUUUACCUGACUGAUCUGUUCUAUUUCGAGAUACACAUGUAGAAUUUAUUCGUGUUAUCCACUACAAUUUUUUUCUGCAAAUGCCGAUUAACUCGCAUGACAAAAAUUACAUGUACUGCGCAUUAAUCAAAUCAAGGCUUUGGUCGAUUCGCACGUCUUUUUACUACAAACUUAAGAUUUUAUGCAAAAUCACGAAUAUAGCAGCAGGAGAGCGUAUCAUGAAACUUGACCAGUUGACUAAUCGACCAAGUUUGACAAGAGGCAUUAAAAUAGAGAGGAACAGGCAGGAGGGUUAACAAAAAGGAGAUGUGGGAAUCGCUUGACGUAGCGUCGCGUCGCGCUGCGUCGCGUCGCGUCGCGUCGCGUCGCGUCGCAUCGCAUCGCGUCGGUUCGAGGGCAAAUCUAGUAAGCUAGGACAGAGGCUAUUAAUAACUGUUUAGGGUGCCGUACCUGGCCGCCGUGCGCGGUACCGUCCGCGUCUCGAUAUGCGGCGUUCCGACGACCGGCGUCUCAGUGUCGUCGCGACGACCAACGUUGUAUCCGUCGUUCCGUCAACAGCGAAACGUAGUUCGCAUACAAAUCUCGGCGCGCCAAAGCCUCUCUCGGGAUCCGAAAGAGCGCCCUCCUCCUAAGUCUCGUGUGCCCAACUCGUUUCGAUCAAAGUGUUCCCCACUGACAGAAAAAAAAAAAAAAAAAUCUCACCGGCUACAAUCUCUCUGUAUCAUGUGCUAUCGUGCCAAAGGUAUGGCGCUUUUUCCAAAUCUUCCAUCCGGUUGGAGUCUUAACGCAGAAAUGGCGCGGUGUGGCGUACUUCUCGAAAAAAUAUGGGAAAACUGUACCGUGUGCUUUAUAUAGAGCCAGAUGCUCGGACCAACACGGAUUCGUGCUACUAGUUUCUACUCAAAUUCGCACGAGCGGAGGAACGCUGUUAAUUUUAUGUCCAGUUUACUAAUCGUUCGUUACGUUUUCCACGUUUUCAAAUCGGUACAUCUUUGUUGCGCGUUCGUUCGUAGAAUUUAUUUGUUCGUAUAACGCAUUAUUCGCUGUACAAGUUUUGUAGCUCGUCGUUGCUACAGUGAUUCUUGUGGUCGCUCCGUCACUUCACUGUUUAUUUACCAUUUAUCAGGCAGAGAUUUUUUAUUUAUACAAUUUCUAUAACCGGGAAAGAUUGUGCUGUCCCAGCAUACGUCUAGAUAAUUUUUCGGUUGUAACUCGUGUAUUUUUUCGAAUGAGUUCGCGCCACGCAAUAUUGCGCGAAUAAGUACAGAAGAGGAAAAGGAGGAGGAAAAAGAGAAGAAGAAGAAGAAGGAGGAGGAGGUGGUGGUGUAGGAAAAGGUGGCGGAGGAGAAGGAGGAGGAGGAGACGGUGGUGGCGGAAGAAGGAGGAGGUGACGGACUCUAAUUUGAGUUCGCGAAUCGCUCGUACCUGACAAUGGAUGAGUUCCAUCCAUUUAUCGAGGCUCUUCUACCAUUUGUAAAGUCUUUCUCGUACACAUGGUUCAACCUACAAGCUGCCAAAAGGCGAUACUAUAAGAAACACGAAAAGCGGAUGAGCUUAGAAGAGGAACGUCAGUGUAAGGAGGAACUCCAGAACGAGAAGUUGGAAGUAAAACAGAAAUGGGCCUCGCGGCUUCUGGGAAAGUUACGGAAAGAUAUCACGCAAGAAUAUCGAGAGGAUUUUGUGUUGAGUAUUACAGGAAAGAGACCAGCGAUGUGUGUUCUGAGCAAUCCUGAUCAAAAGGGCAAAAUGCGUCGAAUUGAUUGUCUUCGUCAAGCGGAUAAGGUAUGGAGAUUGGAUCUAGUCAUGGUGAUCCUUUUCAAAGCAAUUCCAUUGGAAUCGACAGAUGGAGAACGGCUGGAGAAAACUGUGGAAUGUGCACAGCCGGGACUCUGCGUCAAUCCUUAUCACAUCAAUGUUUCCGUCCGGGAACUGGAUCUCUAUCUCGCCAAUUUUAUCACGAGUCAUGAAGUACUGAAUGGCAUCUGCAAUGCUAGUAAAGAAGAGGACAGGCGUCGAAAAGGUACAGGGUACCAUGAACUAUAUAACGGUGUCGUCUGCAAUGAUACGAUCCUUGCGACAGGUGUCUUCAGCUCCAAAGAGCUCUGGAUGCUUUCAAAAGCAUCCAUACUGCAUGACCUCAGCGACAUGCAGCCUCAAAUAAACGCGAUCAAAAUAGAGCACCCGCCGUACUACUGCAGCAGCUACACCCCACCAUCCGCAGCCACGACCGCGGAUCACGUUCAGCCGGCGGCUAGCUUCAGUCCACCACCGGUUCAUCAACUAAUAAGGAACGAUAAGACUGAAAAACCGCCGACAGUCACGGUUUCGAGCGCACCAACAUUUUCGUCAGUCCUCAGGCCAGAAGAUGGACACCGUGGAAUAGAAUCUCCGCAUUCGCAAACGGGAUUGCAUUCACCUCACGAGGGACUAACUGGUGGUUCUGGUCAAAGCAUGCCUGGACUCGCUUAUUAUCAGCCAGAGCACUCCGGAUCUACAGGGGUAGUGAAGUAUCCCGAAAAUGGACACGAUACUCUUUCGGACUUUGUGACAUUUGUCUGUCAAGAAGCUGAGAACACCCAACAAUUGUCCCAGACACAAUUAACCGGACCACGCACCGGUAUACAGAAAUUUCCGCAGUAUUAUCCGAGUUCGAUGUUGCCGCCGCCACCACCCGCUCCUAUGGCCAGACCAGUAGCGAUAAUAAGAUCAACGGGUGAGCUGACAGCGACAACUGCCAACUCGCCACCAACAUCAUCCACGUCACCUACUGAUUCAGCCGAACUAGGGCCUAAUCAGGAACAAAUGACUACCGCGGCAACGGUAGGUCUCGUCAGUUCUGCUUGCCAAAAUUCUGUCGAACCUACUGGACGGAAGAGUCCUGCCAGAAUUCUUGUUACACCGCACACCACCAGCAGAGAAUAUACAUUUGCUCAUUUUCAUUCACAACCCGGACAGCAAAUUUUCACGUAUCCAACCAUCAGCUCAAUGUCAGGGGUAAUUUCGCCGACUAACUUGUCUCUAUUUUCAUCUCCUGUCUCGGUUACAAGACCGGUAGCCACUCAAAGAUCGGUCUCUAAUGUCCCACCGCGUUGGAAUACCGCACCAUUUAUCAAUUUGGAAGAUGAUUAUAACAUGAUCGCUCCAAUCAUCGCUGGUACUACCAGCGAUCCUCCAACUGUUAUGGAGGAAGAACGAUAUUUUCAUCCUGUGCAUACGAGUGGCGUAGUAGACAAAAAUAGCAGUGGUAAUUUAAUAGGCAACGAACUCGGAGUAAACACAGAUCCCGCAUCACAUCAUCACCAACAACAACAUCAACAACAACAGCAGCAGCAGCAGCAUCAGCAGCAACAGCAGCAGCAACAGCAGGCACAGCAACAACAAUCGUCUUCGCAACAGCAGCAACAAGUAAUGACAGAUAAAUCUGGCGGGCCUAAAUCUCCUCCGUGACAGUGGAGUCUGGGAACGGAAAAUCUCGAAAAACUCGCGAAUUCAUCCUGUUUGUCGGGAUCGGUACUUAGCAUCGCGUAUAAUUAUCCUGAAGUUACAACUGAAGCUUACUUUGAAAGUAAUUGUCAGGAAGCUAUGCCUCGUAUUCAAUUACGUGAUUUAAACUUGCGAAAAAUAGAAUACUUACGAGUUUCAUCUUAAUCCUACAUAUUAAAAUGAGAGAAUAAGAAUGCUUUUCGAAGAAUGCAAUUGAGAAAAGACAAAGUCCGUUCUAUUCAUAUUUAUUGGGAUGAAUUGGUAUUAUAUAAAAUUUCAUAUGACAACUUCUAAUCAAGUAUUCUAUAGUAUAGUUUAUUGCGGUAGAAUUCGCGACGCUUGGAAUAGCCAUAAGGUUAACGUCGCCAUGUAUGCCUUAUUCUGCUCGAGAACAGAAAUCUACACACAAUGUCAUACGAAAUAUUGUUCAAGCUAUAGUGUAACGUAUUUAGAUGAAAUAACAAAACCUCAGCCAAAGUUUGAUGUAAAUAGUUGAACACAGUAUAAUUAUUGUGAAAUAUUUGACCUAUGGUCAAUUACGUAAAUUAUAUAAAUUGAUACACGGUCCACGAUUUAUAGAUGAUGAUUUGAAUCGUUUUCUUUUUAUUUCUUUGUUUCCUUCCCCCUCUCUUUCUCUCUUUCUCUAUAUUUUAUCCAUAUAUUCUAUGGCUCAAGAUAUACAAAUGAUGAGAAUAGCUCAAGAUUCCUCGUUUAACAAUAUUUUCGACAUUCGUAAGCGCGAUUGUAAUGCGAUAUAGUAUUCUUUCAAUGCUGUAUUAUAAUAAAAAAGAUUCGUUAUUUUCAUAGUGAAAUUAUAAUGAUAUGCAAACAUGUUCUUUCUACAUAAAUACGAAAUUGUAAUACUCUUUUAUAUAAAUAGCAUUUUGUAUUUGGCAAUAAUUAAGGGAGAUCUAGAAAUUAGAAGUUUUAUUUAUUGUGUAAAAACGAAAAUAUAUUAUUAGAGCGUUUAUUUAAUUUUCAAGCACGAAAUACUUUUUGUUCUCAUUGUCUUUUGAAAAUUUUUCGAAAGAUCGCAUAUUUUGAUAUUUGAUACUAGAAUAGAAAAUAAUAUAUGUAUCGAUUCUUUGUAUAUUUCAAAGUUUCAUCUUUCUGCCGAAAAAUUAUUCUUACACAUUUAUUUUAGAUUUUGCAUUAUAUUUUUGGAGCAUAUGUACAAAUUCAUGUAUUUCUAUAGUUUCUUGUGUACUAUGUAUUAAUAAUGUACAUUGGCAAGUAAAUACGAAUGUAGCUUGAACAAAUAAAAUUUGUAAUCUUGUGUAUCGUG